UUUUGGUCCUCGUUCAGGUGAGAUGCGUGUGUGAUUGAAGCGAGAUUCGGCUCUGACCAGUGCUCUGACAAGAUUUCCAAUUGUGCUCACGUUCAUCUGAAACAUUUGUGCCAUCUAUAUUGUGCACCCAUUGGAUCCCGCCCCCUGAAAAGACACCGAAUUGUGUCUGUUCGAAUUUCAUCGCAAUCCAUUUCCCUUCACUUUGUGAAAGGGAGACCAGUACUAGUAGCAGUGAUUUGUUUGCUCCCAAUGGAUUCCCACAAGUCAUGGUGCUAGUGAAACCAUCGUCCAAGCUCAAGUUCAGUGUGUUGUCCUAAUUGAGUUUGAGUGAGAAGAAGGCUUCCUGCAAGCGACUUGAGAUUCCAUUGACUCAGGCCGCACUCCACGCCUAACUUGUGACUUGGACACUUGUCCAGCGACGACGCGGAGUGGAUCAAGAGUUUCUUGAGUGGUGAUCCAUUGCAGCUGGGCAACAUACCGUUCAUCCCAUGAUUGAGGAUGGCUGAGAUUCCAUUCUGGUUCCACGACAGGCCCAAGUGGGUCUCCGGCAUUACCAAGUACACCACAUGCCAGGAUGUGCUACAUUCCUUGGUCAGAUCCCACGUGGUCAAAUCGCGGAAGAAGCUUGCCGAGGCGGAGAUUAAGGCCACGAGUCAACAAUUGGUCCUGGUCGAGCAAUGGAGGGGGGUCGAAAGGCCCUUGAGCAACUCCUCCAGGGUACUGAAACUCUGGUCGGCAUGGGGAGAGGAGCGGAGUCAGGUACGGUUUGUUGUCAAACGGAUUACCUCGAACUCGACGGCAUCUCCUCCUACUGGCCCGACAACGACGGGAACGUCGUCUGCGGCCGACCCAGGUGAAAGUGCAACAACGACAGCUCAUGUCAGCAACACUUCCUCUCUGCCCCGGACAACGGUGAGCCGAGCUGUCAAGGCAGCAGUUGCCACCGGGAACCCAUCGUCGUCUACCUCUCACACGUCAGGCCAUCAACACCAUCAUGCCCCCCAAUCUCAUCAUCGGACGGAUUCCAGGUCGUCUCGGACUUCCAAUACCUUAAAGACCAGGAGAAGAAAUUCCCGAUUGGCAGGUGGUCGAUCAUCUUCCAUGAACUCGAUUGACACUGUGCAUCCUAGUGCUCUGACAUCCCGGAAUGCCUCCUCCAGGUCACUCUCCAAGACGAGUGAGAUCGAAAGGCUAAUGCGCAUAAUCCUCACCCAAGGAGAAACAAUUCAUACUCAAUUGAAGAAGUUACAAGAGCGGGAGGGUCAGAUUGAUAGCAUUGAGCAGAAGGUCCACGACAGUCGGACCAAAACGGCAGGCAAAAACUACCUCCUUAAUGCCUACUUAGAAAAUCUCUCGGACGGGGAGAACCCAGUGUCCAAUGGGGUCAAGCCCUCCCCUCUGUCCAAGAGUAAAUCCCUGUCUCAGCCCCAACUCGGGGGAAAAAGUGAGAGUGUACCUGAAUGUGUUGAAGAAAUGGUGGAGGCUUUGCACAAAGUCCAUGCUCUCAACGAGCAAUUGGAACAAGCUGAAGAGCGCUUAAGCGACUUGCAUUGCCAAAUCAGUGUGGACUCACAGGAUUCUUCGAAAUCACCUCCUUUCAAGUCCUCUGAUUUAGACACGACAUCCAAAGAAGUGACUAGACUUCGCUCUCUCAACGACAAGGUGGGUCAAGAGAUUGACUACAAUCGACAAUUGAUCUCGUCCAUGCGGUCGGCCUUUGAAGAUCGGAAGGCGCUCAUGUUCCAAUUGGAGAAGUCAGUCACCUCAAUUGAAGAUGAGGGUCAUCUGCUGGAGGAUCAGCUCCAGCGCUUGAAUGCCUUUGAAUGCCAAAGCCUGUUCCAUGACAUGGAAGAGCCUAUUCCAGUGACUGCAAGUCCGACCCAAGACUCCGGUACCUUAGAUGAUGAUGACCUUGAUGAAGAGCUCAUCAACGACAUCCUCAACCCUGGUCGUCAGUAUCAGUUGUCGAAUUCUCAACUCUAUGACCAAGUCAGCUCCUGCUCAAGGAAGGACUUCCAGGCCUUCAAAGAUAGCCUCCAUAUCAAGACCGGAGCCUUAGAGCAUCUCUUGGGGAUCCCACCCACCAUUUGUUCUGACUCCUCUCGCAUCAAUGCCACUGGAAGUCCUGGAAGUUCGACUUCUGGCAAUUCAAGCGGCAGUGGCAGCGCCUCCAGUGAAAAGAGUGUCCGAUUCAGUGAGCGAGACCAUAUCAUGUCCACCCCUGACCUCCCUCCUAUUCCUCAGGGAGACUUCCCCUUUUCGAAGUACAAUGAUCGCAAUCGACAAAACUCCUCGUCCUCUGUGUCUCAAUACACCAAAUCCAUUCUGAAAUCUGCUGAUGCCUCUGGGGACUUGGAUUCGAAUUCAGACACUGGCUUGAGCUCACUUCAUUCCAGCAGUGACGAGGGCACCUACGUUUUAGACACUCUAGUGUGAAACCACCACCGGGAAAAUGUUCCCAUCCGGCCUGAAGUCAACAACGAGCUGACGUGGAAACGGUAGCGGUUUCCUCAUGUUCUAGUCUGGAUUGUUUAAACUGAUAAUCAUGAAAGUGCUCCACUACUACUCACACAUCAAGUGUUCUUUCAUAAGCGAUGACACGAAAUGAGAAAUAUAUAUCAAAG